UCCUGCUUAUCUUCAUCCCCGUGGAGCGCCUCGCCGCUCGCGAGACGAACCUGCAUCCACGUUCGACCGGGCCCGGCAUCUCGGCCAGAGAACAACUGAGACGGCGGGGUUCUUUCUAGCUGCUUGCCCGCGCCUCUGCUGUCUGACAUGCCAAAGCAUGAUGGCUUGAUGCGCGUGUUCUGGCCCGCUGACCUGCCGCGGUCCGACCUCCGUGGGGUGGUGGUGGGGUGGAGGAACUCCGACCUGGACGUCUUCGUCCUGGCGAUUCUGGAAGAGGUGGAGCCGCGGAAUGUUGAGUUCGCUCUCAAGAUCGGCGCCCUCCUCCGUGACGCUCCCCAUCCCGUCAGCCGCAUCUAUGAGCUGUGCGGUCAAUCCUCGAUCCAUGUGCUCGGGCUAUCCAACGCUCCCGAGUCAGUUGAGCUCGAUCCCUCAUGGAUUCGUGUUACGAUAGGUCCUGGCCGGCGCGUCCCUGCCGUCACGUGUUCUCGAGCCUCGAGCAUCCAACUUAUUCUCUUCGAGAGGCCUUUGCCCGGGAGAAUGCAGUACAUCUCGUUGAACCCGAUCGAGCUUGCGCUGGGCGACAAGCACGACAGCUUCAGGCACGAGGCUCUUGAUGGCAGCGAGGAUGACGACGAGAAGGAGGAGCGUAAGGCGAAGGAGCAGAAGAGGCAACUGGUCGAAAAGCUCAAGCAGCAUUCCAUUUUCAAGCGCGUUCCCUCGGCAAAGGAAAAGGCUCUCGCCACGAUCGUGAACCAAAUUAACUGGGCUUGGGAACUCGAGCAGCUGCUCCAGAAGAACGUCUCUCGCAUCGGCACGCGUCCGAAGAGGAGCCUGAGUGUCUCGGAGAGGGUCGUUGAAUCGGCGACAACGGCGCGGGACAUGCUGCUGGUUUGGUUAUGGGACCAGUUCACCGUCUAUGUUUGGCCCGUCAUCAAGCGGCUGUUCGUCAUGGUGUUGAUGGCUCACCGGGUAGCGGCCGAGGUGCUCCUGCGCAUCUUGGAGUGGCGGGCUCGGCCAAAGUACGCCGCCUUGAAGGACAUCUCGGCCACUGCGCAGCAGGUCGAGAUCCGGCUGCAGCAGUUCUGCUACUGGCCGAUGCAAUACGUCACGCUGCGGCUCAGGAAGAAUGACUGGGAGAGCGUGACAACGAGCCACCCAGACUACAUCCGGUUCUACAACAGCCUCUGGCUGGUCGCCAACGACGUGAUUAUCGGCAUCGCGUUGGGAUCGUACAUCAUCGACAACGCCGGCUGGGUCGCCGAGCAGAUCAGCCAGCUCCUCACCCAGUACACCGUCGAAGCGCUGCAGAGCAGCAUCUCUUGGCUCAUGGGUUGGCCGGCGGGACUGAAGCUGAACAACGAGCUAGCGGCGUUCCUCGGAGACCUGUUCUUAUGGGUUAUUGACUACUGGUCAAGCUGCAUUGAGGCACUGCGUCCCAUCCUCCCGCACAUCAUCUGGUUCAUCGGAUUCUCCAGCUUCGCCGGCGCCAGCAUGCCGAUAGCCCUCUUCUCGGACAUGCUCUCCAUCUUGACGGUGCACAUCUACUCGUUCUACCUCGCGUCGGCCCGCAUCUACCACUGGCAGCUGAAUAUUUUGAUAUCGCUGUUUCACCUCUUCCGGGGUAAGAAGCACAACGUGCUCAGGAACCGUAUCGACUCGUGCGAUUACGACCUGGACCAGCUUCUCGUCGGGACCAUCCUCUUCACCCUUCUGUCCUUUCUGCUGCCCACGGUGGUCGUCUUCUACCUCAAUUUUGCCAUCGCGCGGAUGGUCAUCAUCUCUCUGAAGGCCGUCUUCGACACCAUGCUUUCCUGCUUGAACCAUUUCCCGCUUUUCGCCCUUAUGCUUCGGAUCAAGGAUCCUGGGAGGCUCCCAGGUAAGGGGCGAGACGAACGCGGCAAGCCAGCCGACUGUCGCGGGGAGCGCUGGCUGACACAGGUCACAGGAGGCAUUCGUUUUGAACUUCGAGAUACCCCAGACUUUAGACAUUCCAGUACAGAUACACUCAAACAACAGUCCUCGACCUCCGUAAUAUACCUCAAGUCGGUGCCCCUGAGCUUCAAAGCCAUGUUCCACCAGUAUUUCCAGAUGGGCCACCGGAUCCGCAAACACUACCUCGCGCCGCGCGUGCUGCUGUGCCUGCUCACGGGCCAGUUCGUCCCGCCGCUGAACCGCAAGAACCUUUACAGCCUCCAGUACAGCAUGCUCCCGGCGCGGAGGGCCGGCGUCUUGGAGAUGUGGAACGCGGUCAACUCGCUGCCAACGCCCAAGAAGAGGAUGCCGCCGGUGCAGGUGCCCGUCCUGGCGAACGGGAAUAAGUUCCCCAGCAACCACGGCGGGCGGAGGGCGCGGGGAUAUGGGUAGAUAUCUGAUCUAAGCAUACAAUU